AGCUGGUCUCGAGUUCCCAAGGGUCUGGUAACUACCGGUAGGGUGCUGCAUUUGUCUCUCUUUCAUACCGGCGUAAAAUAUAGUGGUUGCAUGCCGAUGUGCCAAUCAUUGUGCUGCAUGGUUGUUUAGGCUACACUUGACCAAAGCUACUGAGCUGCAUCCAGCUAUAGCUACCACAUUGCAAUUUGGCCGUCAGCCUGGCUUCGAACAACAACUGCAACAUCAUUCUCUAAUAAUAACAUACUGGUGCUAGACGCCACUUGGCAACUAUCAUCGGGAGCCGUCUGCUUUGCAUUCCUUGAUUGAUUGAGCGUGCUGGCUCUUCCGAGGCCUGAUACCACUGACAUGGAUUGAUCACGGGGCUGGUCAGGGGCUCGUCCAUAAAGGUGAUUUUCAGAGCUUCUGAAGGUCGGUUGAAGAGCAAUGCAAUGACCUGCCGGGAUUGAGAUCGAGUUCUGGUCGACUGUCCUUGUUCGAUUUCCAGAUAAAAAUAAAGUCGCAAACCAACGCACGCCAACCACCCUGAACUCCAUCUAACUCUGGAACAUCUGGUGCCGCCGAGACUAAAGUCGCUCUUAGGUCUGAGGCCAUCCGACUUUGGGGUGCCCCUCCAAACCUUCGUUCAACCAACCCCGCUCCGCCAGACAAGUGCCAAGCCCCGAAUUGACGCUGCGGCCCAGAGCGAUCAAACGGUUCCUUUCAAGCACAUCUGCAUUCUAUCUUGAGAGCUCUGACACAACAGCAAAUCAGUGAUGAACACAGCGAAAUAAGGCCUUUCUUCAGGCACGCAUAGACUGAACGAUAUAGAUCAACAAAACGCGCACAUCAUGGCUUCGACCGGAGAACCGGCCAAAGCGUCGUACUCUACCGACCCGGCCCUCUACAUAUACACCUCGCUGACAGCGGGCAGCUCGCAUAUUGUCACGGCUACCUCGCGCCUCGAAACCAUCCUGCGUGCCAACCGGGUUCCCUUCAAGGCCCUCGACCUUGCCACCGAUGAGAAGGCACGCAUGCUCUGGGGUCGCAGAGCUGGCAAGGACGAGUCGGGUCGCCAGAGGAAGCUGCCCGCGCUCGUGCAGAUGGGCUUGGUUCUAGGUGACCUGGUCGAGAUCGAGGAGUGGAACGAGUACGGCGAGCUCAAACAGCACGUUACCAUCUACUACGACGAAUUCACCCAGCCAUCCAUUAGCGAAGCCCAGAAGCUCCCUCCCGUCAUGAAGAAGGGCCCUGCCGUCGCCGCCCCGACCGCCGCCAGCACCGCAACGACAGCCUCGAAACCAGCUGUCGCCCCAGCGGCGCCACCGCUGCCGCCGGCAUCAGCAGCUUCCUCGUCUGCACCUGCAGUCGCCAAGACCACUGGGUCUUCCGCCGCUGCCGCUGCCGCUGCAGCCCUUCCUAUUCGCAGCAUUGCCGAAGAAGCGGCCGCCAAGGCCAAGAAAGUACAGCUCCAGAGCCUGCGGGACAAGGUUUACGGAAAGGGCAACACUGGGCCGGUCAAAAAAGAGGAUGCAGACCAGGCUGGCGUGGCGCCAGCAGCAAAGGAGCAGGGGGUGUCUGCGAAAUCAGAGGACAAAAAGGAUAUGGUGAAGUCGCCAGCGCCCCUCGAUGUCCCGGAACCGAGCAGCACUACGGUGAAGACGGCAGCUGGACUGCAGUCGCCGACAUCUGGAGCGUGGAAGGGCAGUGGAGAGGAUACAUCGUCGGUCGAGGCGCUGCGGAACACAAUUCAAAGCCCAACGAGCACCGCAUGGAAGCCAACAGAUAUUGAUCCGCCCGUGACAACGCACCGCGGAUCAGUGGUCAGCCCAGCCUCGGCAGAGGAGAUCAAGGCUGUUGAGAAAGAGCUGGCCAUCAAGGAAGAACCCGAAGAGGACGAGGAGGAAGAGGAUGACGAGGAUGAAGAUAGCGAGGAAGAGGAAGAAAGCAAAGAAGCUGUCAAGGAUAAAAAGGUGACUGAGAAAGCCGAAGCCAAGACCGACUGAUCGCUAGUAUACCUAGAUAAUCUGCUCCCUUCUAAUCUAGUUCUAGACUGAGAUCGAAUGUCUGAAUUACUGGACCGCCGCAGCAAUAUGCAUGACAAUGUGUGUGCAUGAGAAGACUAUAAUUGCUCAAUUAUGUAUUUAUUCACCUCAUAACCGUAUUCUCUCAAAUCCACCUCAAUCUCUCC